AUGUCAGGGCAGGGUUUGGGACCGGCACAUGGCAUCCUCUGGCGGCCAAGAGGGAGCCCAGUGAAAUUCUCCGGAGCCUCGGCCUCCUCGGCCUCCUCGGCCUCCUCGGCCUCCUCGGCCUCCGCCUCCGCGGCCUCCACGCCUCAGCCUGCGAAGCCUGCGGCCACACGAAGGCUGCUCGCACUUCUGGCUGUGCAGGUUCUUCGACCAGGUUCCUGCAAAGCCAGACAGCGACGAUGUGCCUGUGUAGAAUGUAGCGAGAGCAGGCUGAGCUGUGAAGAGUCGAUCUCUGCAGUUUCCUCGAACGGACUGCGCUUCUUGUUCUUCACUGAACAAAACUUAAGCUGCCAAGAGCUACAAAGACGAGCAGAAGAUCUGGUGGCAAAGUCGGUGGGCAGGUUUCGUGCUUAUGCCCUGACUUCGCGGAUAUUUGCUGGGAGAAUUGGCGAGCCACCAGUUCCAGACUGCAGAUGGGAGCCUGGUGAGUGGUUCGCUGCUGUUGUGGAAGAUCCUCGAAUCAGCAAUUGCCUUUUCUGGGCCCUUGGAAUAUUGAAUGAAACGACUUAA